CUUGAUACUACAGCUGCCCUCGGGGAACUAGGAUGGAAAACAUUUCCUUUAAAUGGGUGGGAUGCCAUAACUGAGAUGGAUGAACACAAUCGACCCAUUCAUACUUACCAGGUAUGUAACGUGAUGGAACCAAACCAAAACAACUGGCUUCGAACAAACUGGAUCUCCCGUGAUGCUGCACAGAAAAUUUAUGUGGAAAUGAAGUUUACACUGAGGGAUUGCAACAGUAUUCCAUGGGUACUGGGAACCUGCAAGGAAACUUUUAAUCUCUACUACAUGGAGUCAGAUGAGUCUCAUGGAGUAAAAUUUAAGCCAAACCAGUAUACUAAAAUUGAUACUAUUGCAGCUGAUGAGAGCUUUACCCAGAUGGACUUGGGUGACCGCAUUCUUAAACUCAACACAGAAGUUCGUGAGGUUGGGCCAAUAAACAAGAAAGGAUUUUAUCUUGCUUUUCAGGACAUUGGAGCAUGCAUUGCUUUGGUCUCAGUCCGUGUUUAUUACAAAAAGUGCCCUUUCACGGUCCGUAAUUUGGCUAUGUUUCCUGAUACUAUUCCAAGGGUUGAUUCUUCCUCUUUGGUGGAAGUACGGGGCUCCUGUGUGAAGAGUGCUGAGGAACGUGAUACUCCAAAGUUGUAUUGUGGAGCAGAUGGGGAUUGGCUUGUGCCUCUUGGACGAUGCAUCUGCAGUGUAGGAUAUGAAGAAGUGGAUGGCUCCUGCCAUGCUUGCAGGCCUGGAUUCUAUAAAGCAUUUGCUGGAAAUGUAAAGUGCUCCAAGUGCCCUCCACACAGUUUGACUUAUGUAGAAGCAACUUCUGUCUGUCAGUGUGAGAAAGGUUACUUCAGAGCUGAGAAGGACCCACCAACUAUGGCAUGUACCCGGCCACCUUCUGCUCCGAGGAAUGUGAUUUUUAACAUUAAUGAAACAGCUCUCAUGUUAGAAUGGAGCCCCCCAAGUGAUACUGGAGGAAGAAAAGAUCUCACUUACAGUGUCAUCUGUAAGAAAUGUGGGUCAGAUGCCAGCCAGUGUGAGAUUUGUGGGGGAGGUAUCCGUUUCAUCCCCAGGCACACAGGUCUCAUCAACUCGUCUGUGACAGUGCUUGACUUUGUGUCGCAUGUGAACUACACCUUCGAAAUAGAAGCCACAAAUGGGGUCUCGGAGCUGAGUUUCUCUCCCAAGCAGUUCACAGCUAUCACGGUUACCACAGAUCAGGAUGCACCCUCCUUGAUAGGUAUGGUAAGGAAGGACUGGGCUUCCCAAAACAGCAUUGCCCUCUCCUGGCAAGAGCCGGACUUUCCCCAUGGAGCCAUUCUGGACUACGAGAUCAAGUACUAUGAGAAAGUCUACCCACGGAUAGCGCCGGCAUUUUGGCACUACCUGCGGGUAGAAGAGCAUGAGCAGCUCAGCUAUUCCUCCACAAGGUCCAAGGCUCCAAGUGUUAUCAUCACAGGUCUCAAGCCAGCCACCAAGUAUAUAUUUCAUAUCAGAGUCAGGACGGCAGCAGGAUACAGCGGCUAUAGCCAGAAGUUUGAAUUUGAAACUGGAGAUGAAACUUCUGAUAUGGCUGCGGAGCAGGGACAGAUUCUUGUAAUUGCCACUGCUGCUGUUGGUGGAUUCACUCUCCUGGUCAUCCUCACUUUGUUCUUCCUGAUCACCGGGAGAUGCCAGUGGUACAUAAAGGCCAAAAUGAAAUCUGAAGAGAAAAGAAGGGCUCAUUUGCAAAAUGGACAUUUACGUUUCCCAGGAGUCAAAACAUAUAUUGAUCCAGAUACAUAUGAAGAUCCAUCUCUUGCUGUCCAUGAGUUUGCAAAGGAGAUAGAUCCUUCAAGAAUUCGUAUUGAGAGAGUUAUUGGGGCAGGUGAGUUUGGAGAAGUAUGCAGUGGACGUCUGAAGACACCAGGAAAACGAGAGAUACCUGUUGCAAUUAAAACUCUAAAAGGUGGCUAUGUGGACAGGCAGAGAAGAGAUUUCCUGAGAGAGGCUAGUAUCAUGGGACAAUUUGAUCACCCAAAUAUAAUUCGCCUUGAAGGAGUUGUUACAAAAAGAUCCUUUCCGACCAUUGGGGUGAAGUCUCUUUCGAGAUUCCUGAGGGCGGGAUUUUUAAAUAGCAUCCUGGCCUCACAUCCAGUGUCAGGGGGUGGAUCUUUACCCCCCAGCAUUUCCUCUGGCAGACCAGUAAUGAUUGUAGUUGAAUACAUGGAGAAUGGAUCCCUUGACUCCUUUCUGCGGAAGCAUGAUGGCCACUUCACCGUCAUCCAGCUGGUCGGCAUGCUGCGGGGGAUUGCAUCUGGCAUGAAGUACCUCUCGGACAUGGGCUAUGUACACCGUGAUCUGGCAGCCCGUAAUAUCUUGGUCAACAGUAACCUCAUGUGUAAAGUCUCUGAUUUUGGUUUGUCACGAGUGUUGGAGGACGACCCCGAAGCUGCUUACACAACAAGC